AUGACACAACAGCAACGGUACAAAGUGUCUCUGAAGCCAUUUUAUGACGACACGAUAACAAUAGCAAAUUAUUAUUUGAUUUAUCGCUUCGUUUUCUCUAUUUUCCUGGGCCUACAAAUGCUUGAAGGCUCAUCGGACGUUUACAGCAAGGGAAACAUCAAAUUACAUAAAUUUCUCACCAUGCUUCCGGGGAAUGCAAAAGCUGUGAAACAAUGUUCAAAGAAAGCAUCGAGUAGACCCAGAUCCCAGACAGAAGGAAGCAAAAGCAGGUCAAGAAGUUCUGAUUAUGAAGUGGUUUUGAGUGGCAGUGAGAGGCAAGUAAAUAUUCUUAUUUUAGCUGUCUACAUGAGUUUGAUGUUUGAUAGACAUCACGGCGACAUUUACAUAAGCGGCAAAUACAACGAUGAAGAUCUGAAGAACCUGAAGAACCUGAACAAGAAUAAAGUUUUUCACCUGGUCAGACAUUUUAGACUGAAUUCCAGGCCACUUACAUUUCACACUGAGAAUUGUAGAUUUUGUUCUCACUAUCAAUUUUAUUCUUCCGAUUGCCAUUGUCCACUGCCGAGAUAUGAAAAACGACACAGAAGAUCAUAA